AGAAACACACACAUAGAAAGCCUUAACCAUGCGCACACCAGAGUCAGAGAGAGAAGGGAGGAGAGGGAGGAGAGGGAGGGCGGCCGAGGGAGAAAAGAGGCAGGUUUAAUUAAUUCAGGCUGGAUGGGAGGGAUGUUGCUGCUGUCCCUGCUGAGGCUCCAGUGCCUCGGCUGUCGUGCUGCAUGUUGCUGAGUGUUUGCAGAGAGGACGUCUCCGUAGCCGCUUGCUGGGAACCAGAAACCAGUCCAGUGCAGCCACAGCUCCACAUCGUGGUCUCACUGGUCUGGUCUGUCUGAGCAGCUUCAUAGAACCACUAACAGGGAGGUUGAACGGACACAGAUGGAGCAGCAAUGCCCACAGGUGGCAGGACAUAUGUACUGUUGAAGUCCUGCUGAGAAACUUUUCUGUUUCAUUUCUGAGUGGUGAAGAGCAGCUACAUCCAGUCAUCACUGCAGACCUCCACCUGGCAGACCUCCAACCAGCAUAUUUUGCCUUUCAGACAUUCAGGACGUGGCAUCAGGGACUGACCACUGGUUUUCUCCUCUUCCUCUCUCGUGAUCUCGGCUCUUCACGCCUCCUGUGUACAGAGGAGAGGCAGAGAUGCCAUCAGGAAACUCCUCCUUCUCAGUCUCAUUGAACAGUUCAACCCAAGGAUAGCCGCCGUACCCCCCAACCCUCAAACUUGAGGUGCAGGUGCAUUAACACAUCCGGGACCCAGGAACUGGCCGCUGGCCUCAGGCAGCAUGGGAGACCCGAGCUGGGUGUGUCUGAGCCCAGCCGAGUUCAGCCAGCUGCAGCAGUACAGCGAAUACUCCACAAAGAAGCUGAAAGAUGUGCUGGAGGAGUUUCACGGUGAAGGAGUUCUUUCCAAAUACAAUCCAGAGCAGAAGCAAGACGUUCUCAACCAACCCAUUGAUUAUGACGGCUUCCAGCUCUUCAUGGCCACGUACCUGGAGAACGACAUCCCAGAGGAGCUGUGUCAGCACCUCUUCACCUCGUUCAAGAGCAAGACGGGUGGCUGCUCCCCAGACCAGCCUCGACCAGGAACCAGCUUACUGGAAGCCCGUUCCAUUGAUGCAGGCAUCUCUAUUCAGACCGAAGUGGCCUGUGCCCCCAUUACAGGGAUGAACGGGAAAAGCAUCCUGUCUGCGAUGGGUCGGCACACUCCGGAGCACUCCGCCGUGGUGGGUGCAGCAGGUUCAGGAGCCACCACGUCCCCUUGUUCAUCUCGCUCCUCCUCUCAGCGUUCAGGGACCGGGACCCACACGCCCAGGGGCCCCCACCGAUCACCAUGCACCCAGGUCAAAGCCUUAGAGGGCAGCAGCAACGCCCUGAUCCCCAACGCUGGUCCUGCCAAGUCACCAGUGUCCCCAAAACUCUCACUAGAGAGGAGCCACUCUGAGAAGCAUUUGUCUCUGCGGAGGAGCCCGUCGCCCCAGAAAAGUUCCCCGAUGCCGUCUCCACAGGUGGUCUUCCUCAAGGACAUCGUCUGCUACCUGUCGCUACUAGAGAGGGGGACACCGGAGGACAAGCUGGAGUUCAUGUUCCGGCUGUACGACACAGACGGUAACGGGCUUCUGGACAGCUCGGAGCUGGAUCGCAUCAUUAACCAGAUGGUGCAUGUGGCAGAGUACCUGGAGUGGGACUCAACAGAACUGAGACCGAUCCUGAAGGAAAUGAUGGAAGAGAUUGACUACGACCGGGACGGAACGGUCACACUGGAGGAGUGGAUCAGAGGAGGCCUCACUACCAUCCCUUUACUGGUCCUGCUGGGCAUGGACACGAAUGUGCAGGAGGACGGGCAGCACGUCUGGCGUCUGAAGCACUUUAACAAACCAGCCUACUGUAACUUCUGCCACACCAUGCUGCUCGGUGUUCGCAAGCAGGGCCUCUGCUGCUCCUUAUGCAAGUACACGGUGCACGAGCGCUGUGUGUCCAAAGACAUCGCCGCCUGCAUCAGCACCUACGCAAAGUCCCGCAGACACACCAACGCUAUGCAGCACGUCUGGAUGGAGGGAAACUCUCCCACCAAGUGUGACCGCUGUCACCGAAGCAUCAAGUGCUAUCAGGGCCUGACGGGCCUGCACUGCGUCUGGUGUCAAAUCACGCUCCACAACAAGUGUGCAUCCAAUGUGAAGCCUGAGUGUGAUGGAGGAGCCCUGAGGGACCACACGCUGCUGCCCUCGUACAUCUGUCCCGUCGUUCUGGAUCGACAGUCUGUGGUGAAGCGAGGAGAUGGUGAGUCACCUCCCAGCACCAGCCCCGAUGACCCCAAUCAGACUUUCAAAUUCUCUCCUGGAGACGGACAAGCUCUGCAGAUCACCCCUCUCCCAGGAACUCACCCGCUUCUGGUCCUGGUUAACCCGAAGAGUGGAGGGAGGCAGGGCGAGCGGGUGCUGAGGAAGUUCAGGUACUUGUUGAACCCCAGGCAGGUGUACAGUUUGGAGCAAGGAGGACCUAUGGUCGGGCUCAACUUUUUCCACGAUGUCCCUGAUUUCCGGGUGCUUGCUUGUGGCGGUGACGGCACCGUUGGCUGGAUCCUCGACUGUAUAGAUAAGGCCAACUUCGCCAGGCACCCCCCAGUGGCCAUCCUCCCCCUGGGCACGGGAAACGACCUGGCACGAUGCUUACGCUGGGGAGGAGGUUAUGAGGGGGGCAGCUUGCUGAAAGUCCUCCGAGACAUCGAGCACAGCACCGAGGUGGUGCUGGACCGCUGGAACAUCGACAUCGUCCCUGACGACAAGGAGGAGAAGGGCGACCCCGUGCCUUACAGCAUCGUCAACAACUACUUCUCUAUCGGAGUGGACGCCUCCAUCGCCCACCGCUUCCAUCUGAUGAGGGAAAAGCACCCUGAGAAGUUCAACAGCAGGAUGAAGAACAAGCUCUGGUACUUUGAGUUCGGAACCACUGAGACCAUUUCUGCCACCUGCAAGAAACUCAACGAAUGCAUCGAAGUGGAGUGUGAUGGGAUCAUCCUGGACCUGAGCAACACAUCUCUGGAGGGAAUCGCUGUUCUCAACAUUCCCAGCAUGCAUGGCGGCUCCAACCUUUGGGGUGAGACGAAAAAGAGGAGGAACUACAACCGCAUGAGCAAGAAGGUUGCAGACAGAAUGCCAUCCAGCACUGUCACAGAUGCCAAAGAGCUCAAGUUCUGCAUACAAGACUUCAGUGACCAGCUGUUGGAGGUGGUUGGCCUGGAAGGGGCGAUCGAGAUGGGGCAGAUCUACACCGGGCUGAAGAGCGCUGGACGCAGACUGGCUCAGUGUGCCAGCGUCACCAUCAGGACAUCCCGGCGGCUGCCCAUGCAGAUCGAUGGCGAGCCCUGGAUGCAGCCCCCCUGCACGGUCCGGAUCACGCACAAGAACCAGGUCCCCAUUCUACUGGGCCCACCUCAGAAGACCCAGUUCUUCUUCUUCAAGAAACGCAACCGCAGCCGUGACUAGGGCACACAAACACACAAAACACACACACACUCAGUACAUAUAUGCACACAUGCCUCCCGUCGAAUGGGCGGCGAGCAGCGGCCCAGUAGGGGUUCAUUCACAUUCCCAGUCAUGAUGCCUACAGACAAUUAAUUCCCAAAGGAACCUGCAGCGAUGGCAGCAGACAGCACCGACCCAUUCCUGACUCUUCAAACUUCCUCUGCCUGAGCCCGAGCAGGAGCACUGCCAGCUGAGGUGGCUGCUGGGACUCCCCCAGAUGGUGGCAGGGUACGGCGAUGGAGGCUGGAGCAGCAUUACAGAGACAGAAACAUGGCGUAGUAAGGAGGGCUGCUGGAUAAAUAGAGUGUGAUCUUCCUCUCGGUUAAAACACCUGUAUGAAUAAUGAAACAGCGGCUGCUUGUAAGAGCGCUCGCUCCCAGGCGUCCCUGCGGACUUUCGACACGCCACGGCCGAGCAGACGAGAGGGGCCUCAUCCAUUAUUCACUGACUGUUUGUGAGUUGACGGCACUGGGGCGUAACGGUGGUCUGGAAUGGGUAGAAACAUGCAGGGAUCAUCGCCCCGUAGCAUCACUGGCCUACAUAAGAAAAAAAAAAAGAUCUUUUCGACCACAUUUCCAGGCUGAGCUGAUGAUCCAGCGGUAGGCUUCAGGCAGAGGAAGCAUCUGUCCAGUUAUCACCAUAUAAACUGACUAGAGUCUAGAUUGAACGUAGAGAUUAGAGUCACUGUGGUUCACUGUGGGUGUGCUCUUACACUAACAUUCAGCUCCUCAUCAAGCUCCUGAGGGGUCAAGGAUUGAAAGAAAUCCUGUGAAGGGUGCAACAGCAGGGCCCGCUGGGUUUUAAUUUACCACAGGGGAAUCAUCCUUAUCUGUCUAUUUCAGGAAGGAUCCAUCUAUCCUGGGCUGAAACCUUACCCUUAAAUACCACAUCAAGCAGCCUGUCCUGCAAGGUGCACCGUGAGUCGAUUACCAAGGCAAAAUAAACCAGGAUAGGCUGCAUAAAUAGUAAAAAAAUGGAGCUCAGUUCAGUGUUUAUAAUGAAUGUACCCAUAUUACUGUCCACACAGAGUAUAUCCUCGAUUAUGUGUAGACAGAGUGUAUGUAUAAUUCUGGAAAGUAGGUGUAGCUCAUGUGUACUGUACACCUGAAUGUGUUUUAAUAUAUCUUUGUUAAUGAUGUGGCAUAUUUGGCUCAGAUCAGUGUCGUUCAGAGCUGCUGCAGUCGCUGUCUGAAGGCAGUUUUCCACAUUCUGUCAGAUCACUUCUCUCCUCGGCUUGGCCUCAGUUGUUGAAAGAACUGAGAACACAACAGUGUAAAACUUUGCACCAUUUGUGGCAGAACAAUCUCACAAGAUUAACUUUGUCAGUAAUUCUUUCUUC